UUUAAGUCCACCUCAUAGUCAGCCCACCUAAAAACCCUGCACUUCACUGAGAACAGUACCCCUCUCUCCAAAACAAAAAUUCUCACCCCUUUUCUGAUCAGAAAUGGCCGUCACUGCCGCAUCAUCCGUCGCCAGAUCCGUUCUCCGAUCAAAUUCCCUCCGAAACGUGGCGGCCAGACUCGCCUCCCAAGCCAAAGCCGCUCGCUCACCGUUUCCUAUGUCAGGCAGAAAACCUCUAUCCCAUCGAAUUUUCAGGUGUCCAGUUGAGUUGAGCGUUUGUGUGGAAUCGAUGCAACCAUUCCACACUGCCACUGCUUCGUCAUUGAUGACUUCAAUGCUCUCCAUUUCUAGCUGCGGUUAUGGCUGGGUUCCAGAAGGUAUCUAGCAGUAGGACCCUCCUUGAUGUCCUUUUCCUCUUGAAUUUUUGUUUGCAAUGAUGAUGUGUGAUAUGUAUUCGGACGAUGGCAAAGUUCUAUGUACAAACUUUCUACAUUCUAAGCUGUGACAACUGUCAAGAGGUUUGAAUGAGCUGCCGAAGAAUCAAGUUGGAUUUCAUGAGAUUCCAAAUCUCCUAUAUUUAGUUGUUUUAGCUCUGGACUUCUAGAUAUUCCUUUAUUUAUCUGAUGUUUGACCAAAAUAUAUUUCUGAUAUUUUAGUGAAUUUAUUUUAUUUUGUUGUUGUAGCUCAAGAAUUUUAAAUAUAUCUUUACUUAUCUGAUGCUUUUGAUUUGUAACCCCAUAGACAUUUUCACGAAAAUGUAUUUCUGAUAUUUUUAUAGUCACUUAAUCCAUUAUUCUUUAUUAAGUAAGAUCAGCACAGCAUGG